AUGAAGAAUGCUUGGUCGGCAUUCCGCGGGGCAGUCCAGGAGUUCAACGCGGUUCUUCUCUCGGAGGACGAAGAGGACGAUGAAGAAGAAGAGGGAGAAGAGGAACUGCUGGGGGAAGGCAGCGUGGACGAUCAACAUGCGGACCACUCUACAGAACAGCAUUGCCCCGCGUCUCAAACAGAAGACAGUGUCAAAACUUUGAAGCUGCGUCUCCAUCAGGAGGAACAGAGGCGUCUCUUUGUCGAACGACGUCUUCAGCAGGCAGAGAAGGAGACCGCAGAACACACCCAACUGAUUGUGGAUUUGCGCAACCAGUGCCGCCUUCUCCGUGGGCCACGGGGUGGACCUUCUUCCAUCUCCACUCCUCGUGACGCCGCCGCAGCGGCGUUUCCGCCGCCAGACAGCGAUCUGUUCGAGACGGCUUCCCUCGCAGGGAGUCCUCUCAUCCCUCUCAGCGACUUGCGUGCCCCAGUUCGCAAACUGUUGCACGCACUGUGUGGAUCAGACGCUGACAGCGGGUUGCCUGCAUUCCCUGGAGCCUCACGGGUCUCGAAACGGUUCGAUCUGUCGAGGAAAAGCUCGCGUGGCGUGGAGGCGGGAAGCGCCAGCAGUGCAUCUCUCCCCGGUCUGAAAGGGCCCGAUGCAGGAGCGGAGGACAGCCACGCGAGUUCGGAGCCGGAAGGAAACGGCUCGGGCACUCCCUUUGUCGAUGGGGAAGAGGAAUGCGGGGACUUCGGCCGAGACGCCCAAGAGGCGCUCAUGCAACUCGAUGCCGCCUGCUGCUGUACGGAGAGGGCAAGGGGACGAGCUGAGUGGCUCCUCAGUGAGUGGACGAACCUCGUCGCGUCGCCGGCGUUUCAACGAGCUGCGUCUGCAACCUUGGCGCCGUGCCUGCCUCCCAGUCAACUGGAGUGGCUAGAGAGCGAGGCAGCCGCUGCGGCCUCUCGCGCGGUGCCUUCGGCUGAGAAUUCGUCGCCCAUUCUCGAUUGGUUCGCGCUCUCCGCCCGACUCCUCGAGUGUCUUCACUGCCUCUCCGCCGAGAACGAUUCAGCUCCUGCGGUGUCUGGCGAGGAGGGAAGGACGGCGUCCCUAGAAAAAAGACACAGACGACUCUUUUUGUCUCGACAGUGUUCCAUUCGAGGCUCCGGGGAAGCAGCUGGUUCUGCAGUCGCCGACGACCGGGGGGCUGCCGGUGCCGCAGCAUGCGACAAUGAUGGACCAGUGCCGGGUGACAUCGUGGCUGAGAAGCAAUUGCAAGACGAGGUGCGCCUUCGCCAGCUACUCCAGCAUCGGAUUUCUUUGCAGGAGCGCCGGAUCCACGAACUCGAGGACGAGCUGCGGAACGUCAAAGAGGCUUUCGAGCACCAAGUGAACCAAACCACUGAGGCCGCCAAGAAGGCUGAAGACCAGGAGGCAGAGCGACAGGCCCAAGUCCAGCAGCACAUGAACGAAGCUCUUCGUUCCGUCAGGCAGCAGUACGAUUCGUUGCUCCAGCAGUACGAGAGGCUUCAAACUGCCAAUCGAAAGGCCGCACAGAGUGACGAAACAGAGAGGCCAGGCGACCCCGUGGUUGCUCGGUCACAGCAACUCGAAUGCGAAAAUCGGGACCUUCUUCUCCAGGUCAAGGCUUGGCAGCGAGCGCACGCGGACGUGUCGCAGUCCUUGCAAGCCGCAUCGGCGGAGCUCGCCGAACACAGGUCACACGCAAUGAAGGUCGAGGCUUUGGAAAAGGAGCUGACUUUGUCUAAAAGCGAACUUGCGCGGCUAAGCAAUCUGCAGAGCGUUCAGAAUCAAUCAGAACUAGAGUUGAUUCAGUCUCACGCUGAACGGGAUGCUAUUGAGGCGGAGUUGAACGAAGCGCGUCGAACGGUCGAAAGUCUUAACAAGGUCAUGGAGCACAUGCAAGAGGAGAGUGACGCAAUGCUGCAAAGGCUAAAAGGAGAAAAGGAACAGACUGAAACGGAAGUCAGACAACUUCGGAGAAAACUGAGAGAGAACGCGGGUGCGGUGACUGAUCUUUCGGGAACUCGUGAGGAACUGGCUGAAGCCAAGACCAAGGUGACAGCGUUGGAAGAGGCUUUGGACAGGUUCCUGUUGGAAAACGCAAAGCUCAAAGACGAGAUUGAAAAGAUACUGGAACGGCAGCAGAAGGAGGAAGACGAACGCGAAUAUUAUGUAGACCGACGACUAAUAUCUGAAAUGAUUGCCAAGCACCAAGCUCUGGAAGGCCAAAUUCGGCGGCGAGAUGAAGUCUUUUUGUUGAUAUGCGACGUGCUCCAGUUAUCGGAGGAAGACAGAGCAAAAAUUGGCAUUCGCACCAGGAAAGGAGCCCAAGGGGACCAGGACCAGGGCAAAAGGCUGUCGGAGAGAUUCGUUGAAUUCCUUAACGAGGAAACCAAGUGA